AUGAGUGGUAUAAAUGCAUUGGGUUUAGGUUGUCGAUAUGGGUGGUUUUGUAGGGAAUCUUUUAAAUUGGGUGUAGAUGGUAUAUUGGGUAUCGAUUUGUCAAAUAAAAUGAUCACAAAAGCAAAAGAGUUGGAUAAUGAUUUUGAUAAUAUUUUAUUAGUUUUAAAUACAAAACUCGAUACAUUAAACCAAAAUAAAGUUUUAAAUAUUUUAACAACAUAUUUUAAAAGUUUCAAUUUAAAUUAUUACAUAAUAAAUGAUAAUCAGGAAUUAAAUCAAGAUUUGCAAAUUACAGAUAAAUCAGUUAUUUACUUUUUACCAACUUUAGAAAAAUUAGAAUUAAAUAAUUUUAAAGAAAUAACAUUGCAAUAUUGUAAUGUUAACAAAUAUUUAUUAAAUAAUAAUCUAUCAACAAAAUUUAUAAUUUUAUCGACAGAUACAAAGAAAGAAUGUAUAAACUAUUUAAAUUCAUCAGUAUUGGGGGCAAUGAGAUAUUUUUUAGAAUUUAGGCAAUUAAAUUUAUAUUUAACAGACUUUGAUAAAGCAUCAUUAAAUAAUAUAAAUAUAAACAUAAUAAAUAGUAUUAUUUUAAAAAAAGAUGAUGCUGGUGAUAGAGAUCAUAUUCAAAGGGAAUUCAUUUUUAGAAAUAAUCAAAUAUUAAUAGAAAUAAUAAAGAAUAAUCCCAUGCUAUUUAUAAAAAAGAAUAAUUCAAACCAAAAUCAAAACUCCAACAAAGAUAUUGGCAACACUAUCCUAGUUACAGGUCAAACAGGAACAAUUUUAAAUAUAAUAACUAGGCUUAUAAAUAGCAAAUCAAAUCAUGUUGAAAAUAUUAUUAUUUUAACAGUAUCAGAUUUAAAGUUGGAUUUAAAGAAUUUAAUAAAUAAUCAUUUAAAUGAUAACAGCUCUUCAAAAAAAUAA